GGGAGUCCCCUGACAGAUGCAGGCUUGGCCCUCCUCAACCCUGCUCUCUCCAUCCACCCCUCGCUGGUGGCUCUGGAUCUAGGAGACUGCAUGCUGGGUGAUGAAGGCAUCAACCUUAUCUGUGGGCUCCUGCCACCUGAUGGGGCCAAGUCUGGCCUCAAAGAGCUAACACUGAGCGCCAACCCAGGCAUCACAAGCAAAGGCUGGGGACGCCUGGCCAUUGCAGUGGCUCACAGCUCACAGCUCCGCGUGCUGAACCUGGACUACAACCCCCUAGGUGACCAGGUUGCAGGGAUGCUCGCUGUUGCUGUGGCCUCCAGUCGAACCCUCGAAGUGCUGGACUUGGAGGGAACAGGACUUACCAACCAGUCAGCUCAGACCUUGCUGGACAUGGUAGAGAAUUACCCCACAGCCCUACGGACACUCAUCCUGGCAGAGAACAACAUUAGUCCCGAGCUGCAGCAGCAGAUCUCUGACCUUCUCUCAGAGGGUGAAGAAGAGGAGGAGACAGAAGCUCACGAAGUCACAGGCAGGGAGAAGAACCCCUGGAUCUGCCAGAACAAUUCCAGCUCCCAGAUGGUCCUGAUGACGUCUGGUCUCGGUGACAGCCUCCUAGCAGAAACAGAGAUGUAGCUGGGCUACCCUGCCUGCUUCUGCCCCCCCCCCGCCGCAGCCUCCGCUGGGCUCCCCAGCCCUCUCCUCACACAUCGCCCCUCCUGCCGAUGCCUCCCUCGGCUCUCUGAGCGCCGGAGCGCGGUCCGAGCGAAUCUCUACACACGUCUCUGUUGUCACACGCCCCCGUCGGCCGCUUGUGAUUGUCCCGUCGCCGCAUGUGUAGCUCACGCCGCCCUGCCUUCCCCCCCACGCCCGGCUGUGCCCGCGGGGCGCAGGCUGUAUUUAUUCAGAUGUGUAUAAGAGAUGGUCUUUCUAUUGCUUGUACUGCUGUCGCGAUGAGAGUUUUAUAAAGGUCACAGACGUGGCACCA